AUGCCUCGGCCUAGAUUGGGUCUUAAAUCUAGGACUGGUUGCAGGCAAUGUAAAAGGCGUCGAGUCAAGUGCGACGAACGGUCACCGAUAUGUGGCGAUUGUUCUAGACUUCAGCUGGAUUGUAGUUUCGUCUCCAUCACGCCUCAUUUAUGGAGUAUGAAACCCUUGCGGCGCGGACAGGGAGACGAGAGAUGGGGGGCUCCGACCCAGCGACCAGGCCCGGUACCACAAGGAAUCCUCUCUUCUCAACGAUUGCACAGUUUGCAAGCAAGUCUCAGUGAAGAACCGCCUCAAUAUACCUUAGAAGAUAUGCGCCUUUUAUAUCACUUCUCCAACCACACAGCCAUGACGCUCUCAGAUGUCCCCGAAGCCCAGCUUGCCUGGGGUACAAGCGCUAUUCAGGUUGCAUUUAAGCAUCCAUUCUUGCUCCAGGGUAUAUUGGCGCUCUCUGCCCUACACUUGACUAGCCUGGAAGGCAGGACCACAAGAGAAACCGAGCGUCUUUCAAUUGUCGCAGCCAGUAAACAAGAUGCAGCCUUGAGAGAAUUCCGGUCGAAAGUUGGGCAUAUUACCCGUCAGAACUGUAACUCGCCUUUUGCCUUUUCUUUUCUCACCGAAUUCUACAUUCCUGCCUCUGCCGGCACGGUAAUUAACCCAUCUGCCACAUUUAUGAAUAAUAAUCUCUUCGAAGCCGUUUUGGACUGGCUCCGACUUCACCGAGGCACAUCUGACAUCUAUAAGCGUCAUGGCGAUUGGUUGGCGGCGGGGCCAUUAGCCGCGCUCUUUUGGGGCGAUGUCUUGAUGGUUCUGGUUGACAUUUUUAGUCGGACUCAAAUAUUUAACAAACCCAAUCAAGCAACCACUGCUGAGCUACACCGCAGUCCCCGCCAGUUUCAAAGUGACCAACACCCCCCCAACGUUGUCAACAAACCGUAUUAUCUCGGCCUUUCUUUCUCAUGGUUAUUUAGAGUUCCUGCUAGAUAUGUGGAGUUAUUGGAACGAAGACAACCAGCGUCACUCAUUAUAUUUGCUCACUUUGCGCUGCUCUUACACAAUGCUCCAAGGUUCUGGUGGAACAAGGGCAUGUCAGCGAAAAUUGUAAAAGCAGUGAGUGCCGUUCUUCCUGCUCAGUGUCAGCAAUACAUUAAGUUGCCCAUUCAAGAGAUACUUUGA